AUGGAUGACAUCCCCCUGUCUGCUGUGGACAUACUACAGAUUAUAGACAUCCAGCUCAACAAAUCCAUUAAAGAGCUUGUUGCUGGAAAGUCUACAUUGCAGAACGAGAUUAUCAGCAGUAUCAUCAUGGAAUUUGGAAAAGUCGUUCCUGAAAAUAUAACCGAGCUUCCAUUGCAGGAAGCUGUAAAGAGAAUUGGAAGCAAAAAGGACUCUCUGGGAAAGCAUACUCAGUCUGUAGUACAGAGACUGUUUGCCUCAAAGCUUCCUAAUGUAUUCUCCCUGGCAAGUGCUCGAGCUCACCUAAAGGCAAAAUAUGGACUUGGCCCUCAAAGACAAGACGCUGUACUUCUUGUUGCUACCACUCUCGAGCCAGUCAGCCGCUUACCGGAUGCAGCCUCUGGACAAGCAUGGUUGGACAGCGUUGCCAACGUGUAUGCAAAACGACUGGGGCAUUCCUUUGUCACCACUUGUGGAAAAGCGGUCAAGGCAUCCACCAAGUCUGCAGCCCAGAGCGCCAACAUAAGCUUGCCCUGCGCCAGCUGGAACUACUUGCCAAGGACAUUGGUGUUGAUCUACGUGAACGGAGCAAGGGCUACAGAAGACAUGGAAUCUACGAUUUCAGAGCAGGCAAUGACGCUGGCCCAUGUAUACAAGGACAUUGGCGAAGAGUUUGUGAACCGAACCAGACCACUGUUUAGCAGGAAGAAGGCUCGGCAAUACAGCUCGUUCUGGAAUUGGGCUCGACAGGAUGCUAUGCGUUGGAUCUACAGCAUAUUGGCCGGAGGAGAUCAGCUAGACAGUGAGGCAACCUCAAAGCGCCUUCACAUGCUUCGAAAUCGGUCCAGCCCUGGGCUGCUCAAAAUGCUUAAGGGAAUCAUAUCUACCUUGGCUUAUAUUUCUGACCAGCCCUCCCAGAAGGCAUUGCGACUUGCGGUCGAUAUUUAUGAUAGAUGCAAUGAAGCUCUAGAUUGCGACCCACUCUACAGGGAGCUGUCAACGCCGCUUAGAACCCCAUGUGCAUCCUUACUCUAUAUGUGCGAACGGCCUGGAGGUCUAGCCUGGGAGUAUAGUGAAUCACUAUCUAGCAUCUAUUUCGAUGCACUCACUGAGGUGGCUUCCAGUGGUAUAACAUUCAAGGGCAAGGUUGCCCUUGUUACAGGGUGUGGCAAGAACUCUAUUGGAUCUGGGCUUAUCGAGGCAUUGUUGUCAGGUGGUGCGAAAGUGAUUGCUACUACAUCAAGCUACAACAUGCAGUCAGUUCGCUUUUUUGAGGAGACUUACCGCCAAUUUGGUGCCCGCGGCUCUGAGCUUGUCCUUGUUCCAUUUAAUCAGGCAUCAGUUGAAGAUGUCAAGAGGCUAGUUGACUAUAUUUACAGUGACAGUGCGAUUGAUUCAAGCUCAGAGCUGACUGUCCGUAUCCUGCUGACCAAUAUCCUACGCAUGCUGGGGGAGAUCAAGGCCGCAAAAGUAAAGUACAUGCAUUUAAUAACACCAACGCUUGUUGUAUUGCCUCACUCGCCUAAUCAAGGACUAAUGGGCGAUGACGAAUCUUGGUCAGGAUACAUCUCUAUAACCGGAGGCGAUAUCGGAUGGACACGAAGCACAAGUAUGACAUCAGGGACCGUGAGCACUUAUGCUGGGAUGGAAAAGGCAGGCUGGCGUACGUUCUCACGAGAGGAGAUGGCAUUCAAUAUAACUUGGCUUUACUUUGCCCAACCAUGGUGGAGUUGGCACACAAACGCCCCCUCUUUGCAUUCAGGAAUACGGGUGGAAAUCUCAGCCGAACAAUCUCGGCUACGAGCAGUCCUGUCUGGAAUUUCCUCUGAUAUCCGAGCUGAACAGCAAGUUGAUAUCAAGUCAUUCCGGUAUAAAGAGCUAACUUCGCCCUUAGCAAACUUCACGUCCGAUAUGCCUUGUGCUAAAUCAUACGAACAACUUGAGCAUCUGAGACACUUGGAGGGGAUGGUCAAUCUGGACAAAGUCGUGGUAGUUACUGGGUUUGGAGAAGUCAGCUCAUAUGGCAAUGCCGCAUUGCGUUGGGAGAUGGAAGCAUAUGGCGAGUUCUCGAUAGAAGGAUGUAUCGAGCUAGCAUGGAUCAUGGGCCUGAUCAAGCACUUUUCUGGUGACCACCCUGCAACAGGAGAGCAUUAUAUUGGCUGGGUUGAUACCAAAACAUUGGAGCCAGUACGCGAUAGGGACGUCAAGGCAAUAUAUGAGCCUUAUAUUCUCGAGCAUACAGGGAUUCGUGUCAUUGAACCGGAGCUAUGUGAGAAUGGUGCUGCAGCCAAAAAGCCCUUUGUGCGUGAACUACAGAUUGAUCAUGAUCUUGAGCCGUUUGUGACAACUGCUGAAGAAGCAAGCCAAUUCAAAUUGGAGAACAGCGAUAGGGUCGAUAUAUGGGCAAAUCCGGAUGGCACAUGGUCGGUUAAAAUGCUAAAGGGUGCGGUUCUGCUUGUAGCAAAAGCAAUGAAAUUUGACCGGACAGUUGUCGCGCAACUCCCAGCAGGUUGGGAUCCAGAGCGGUUCGGUAUUCCAGGAGAUAUAAUUGAACGUGUUGAUCCUGUAGCGCUUGUUCGCUCGGGAAUUACCGAUCCCUAUCGGAUAUAUGAGUAUUUGCAUGUGUCGGAGGUGGGUCACUCUAUUGGGUCACUAGGAGUUCUCAAAUGGCGUUGGAUGGAUAAACCAGUCAAUAACGAGAGCCUGAUUGAAUCAUCAAUCAACAACAUUGGACCACUGAAGCCGGUUGUUGCAGCCUGUGCGACUUCGCUAACAAUUCAGAGCGGAAAAGCAAGGAUGAUGCUUGCAGGAGCGGCUAACUCUUAUGAACAGGAGACAUCCUACGAUGCUAGCAGGGAGACUGAAUACGGACGGUUUCCGGGAGAGAUCUGCCGCCCAUGUACAGCAACUAGAGCUGGAUUUACAGAGGGAUACGGGGCAGGAAUAGCCGUCCUUAUGUCGGCGUCUGCCGCAAUUGAAAUGGGCGCUCCAGUGUAUGGAGUGGUUGCUCUUUCAACCACAGCAACCGACAAAUCAACCACGAAUCUUACAGCUCCAGGACAGGGCAUGCUCUCUGCUCGCUCACCCUUUUUGGACAUCAAUUCAGACGUAUGUGCUUGCGUAGACAACUAUCCGAUAUUGAAAAUUUGGCUUUGGAGUCCGUGGGUACACCUUGGCAGAUCUCAAACUAAGGACAUAUUGCACACAUGGGGUAACGAAUUCUAUAAGAAUAACCCGUUGAUAUCCCCUCUGCGUGGUGCACUUGCAGUUUGGGGACUGGGGCCAGAUGACAUUGGUCUGGCUUCAUUCCAUGGAACAUCGACUGUGCUGAAUGAUCAAAAUGAAUCAGAUGUCUAUUGCAAGCUCAUGCAGAAACUAGGCCGAACACCUGGUUUCCCUGUUCCACCUGCAUUAUUCAUGCUGAAUGGUGUUCUUCAGUCUAUGAAUUCCUCUAUUGUCCCAGGAAAUCGAAACGCAGACAACAUCGACAAUGACCUUGCCCAAUAUGACUACCUUGUGUACCCGAGUCAGUCGUACAAGGUCCCAAUCAUAAAAGCGGCAAUGCUUACCUCAUUCGGGAUGAGUCAGUCCGGAGCAGGCGCACUCAUUAUUCAUCCAGACUACUUAUUCGCAACCCUGUCAAGAGAUGAGCUGGAGGCAUAUCGACACACAUUUGUCCAUGUCAAGACAUCUCCGCCAUAUACACCUGACCAGGAAUCGCAGGUCUAUCUAGACCCUCAUUCCCGGGCCAGAUAUAAUCCUCUGAGCGGCUCUUAUCAAUUUUAA